AUGCAGCAGGAAGUGGAAAAACCAUCUCGGGGCCCUCAAUCUCAGUUCCAGCAGGGUCACCAAAUCCCUAUUGAGCAUCACAAAAAGCCUGGCUUACAGGCUGAGAUGGAAGAUCCAAAGCCCACUUCUAGUAAGCUUCCAACCGAGGAUAGCGGAUAUCAGACCUACAAAGCGGCGGGGAAGCUGUCGGGAAAAUCAGCUAUUAUCACUGGUGGUGAUUCAGGAAUUGGCCGAGCUGUUGCUAUCCUUUUCGCUAUGGAAGGGGCCUCGAGUUUGAUCACAUAUUUGCCCGAGGAAGAAAAAGACGCGCAAGAGACUAAGAAGCGAGUGGAAGAAAUUGGGCAAAGCUGUUAUUGCUUCGCCACCGAUCUUCGGGAUAAAAAGAAUUGCCAAGCGGUGGUUGACGCAGCCCUUAAGAGCUUGGGUGGCAUUGACAUCCUAGUUAACAAUGCGGGGACUCAAACGAUGAUUGACGAUAUCAAGGAUUUAGAAGAGUCUCAGUGGGAAAGCACAUUCGACACUAAUAUCCACCCCAUCUUCUAUCUCUCAAAAUAUACGAUUCCUCACCUCAAGAGCGGCUCAACCAUCAUUAACUGUGCAUCUGUCAACCACUAUAUUGGCCGUCCUGAUUUGCUUGACUACACAUCAACAAAGGGGGCAAUCGUCGCCUUCACUCGGGGUUUGUCUAACCAGCAAGUCAAAAAUGGCAUUCGGGUGAAUUGUGUGUGCCCUGGACCAAUCUGGACCCCUCUCAUUCCGGCUACUAUGAAUACUGCCGCCGAGGAGCAGUUCAGCGGCACACCGAUGGGUCGCCCAGGACAGCCUAGUGAGGUUGCAACAUGUUUUGUUUUCCUUGCAAGCCAGGAUAGUAGCUUUAUCUCUGGGCAAAGUUUGCAUCCCAACGGGGGAGUAGUUGUCAACGGAUGA